GCACAAUGCAUUACAGUGAAAGAAUAUCAGCCGCAGAGUAUUCCCUGGCACUAUAUCGCACGAAGCACCAACUUCUCAGUGAGGCACGGUGACUGAAGAAAAAUAAAGUCCUGUGUGAAUGGUGGAUGUAAAACGCCACACGCACGUACGAAUGGGCUUCACAAAUUGUUCUCCAGUCCCAUUUGGGUUCCACACAAUGUAUCACUAUUGUUUGCACUCAAGAGCUUUUCAUUAGGUCUAAUAAUAACCUUUCUGGUUUAUGAUCAUUAUGCAUUUAUACAUGGAUAAUGUCAAAAGCAUGCACCUUUUCUCUGACGUAUGAUAUAACUGACAUAGACCGUAGUCGGUGUAGAGUGUAAUUAGCGUAGAAUCAUCUUACAGCACAGGCGCUGUAAUCCGCUCUGGGUCAUGGAUAACCCCAUGAGCAAGAGCCAAAGCCAAGUAGCUAUUCCUGGCCCGGUCGUAAGUCGCUCAUUGUUCCAGGAGGUCCGAUAUAAGCUUCACGAUCCGAAGACCCACUCCAAAGGUGGCACCCUUGAGAACACCAUCAACGGGAGGGCAGACGAGGAAGCCCCACCUCCCAUUGCUAACUUGUUGCCACACAAGGACAUCAACAAGAUCACAACUAAUUUCGCGCUGAGACAACAUGGACUCAACAAGUUGUACGGUUGCUCACCAUCUGACAUCGAUAAAUACUCCAGGAUCGUCUUUCCGGUCUGUUUUGUCUGUUUUAAUCUGAUGUACUGGAUAAUUUACCUUCACAUCUCCGACGAUUCCGACGAAGAUCUCAUUCUUCACAACGCUGAGGGUUAAAAACCGAGAACUUAGAAAUACCAUCGUACAAAGAUUGACUUUUCAUUCUUCUUUGUUUCGGUCUAUGUGUUUGAUUCUGAGUUGGCCAGCGUUGAAGUUCGAUUCUCUUUGGUCAUUUCGUUGUUGUAUUAAAUGUUUAUAAUAUGAGGAUUCUUCAUCUUAUUUUUCUUGGGGAUAAUGAUGUUGAGUUGAUUAUACAUGGUUAAGGAUUUGGUUCAGAUCUACUCACAAUUUUUAUGUCUGCGAGACCGUCUCAGGUUAAUGAAAUUCUCACGUAACUGUAUAAUAUUAAUGCAAUGAUAAUCAUACCUUAGCAGUCCUGCACAUUAUCACUUUAUCAUUAUAGCUAAAAAGGAGAGAUAUAAUGU